AAAAGGAAGUUACUUGUUGGAUCGCCGCGGCGGCGUCGGAGAAUCCCGGCGAUCAGCAGAGAGCGACAGGAGCUACGCUCCCCGCUCGCUGAAUAACGGCGGACGGAAAGAACAAUGAGUCGACUGCUGGUCUAUCGCGAAUGCGACAACGGCGGUGGUGGAUUCAUGGGAGAAGGGUUAAUAGAGAAUUGGACUAGAGCCACGCUAAAGGGGGAAAAUAUGGCGGCGAGAAUGAUCGUCAGAGAGCGGGAAAUGUCGGCGAGACGGCAGCGAUUCCGAGAGUUAUCGUUCCUUAAGUACGUAUUGCUGCUAUGCUCUAUCUUUUUUGUUUCCGUUUGUAAUUCUAUUUCGUACAGAUUGCGGCCGAGAACCAAUUGAAGUUGCUAUUCUUGUUCUGUGGACUCCUUAUUCAAACUUAGGCUAUUCGGGUUUUUGGCACUUUGGCAGAUAGGCUCUCUACCGUUUGCAAUCAAAAUCUGUGUACGGAAAUGUUUGCUUGCAGUGUGAUAGACGUUGAACCAAAUUGCUAUAAGGAUGGUGCCAGUAACCUCCAUUUGUUUCAGCCCUUAAGCAUACUCUUCACUAGUUGAGCUAGCUAGCUAACCCAGAGAAAUGGUGCUGCUUCCAGGAAAACUAGAGGUGUUCUCCAUAGAGAUGGUUAGACCAUACAGAUUGGAGACGCAAGUCAACUGGCUGUCCCCAUUCUUUGCUGGUGGCCAAAGCUUUGUAGAGUUAUUGACUCCUUUCGACUAGGCUAUCUGAGGUAAGCUAGCAAAAUGGAGCCUUGUUUGUUUGAUCAGGCAAAAAAGAAUCAGAUUGGAGUUUUGCGAAUGUAGAAUCAAGGGAUUUUGUUUGCGGCAAGAUGCUCCACUAGAGCAUAAUCUUUCACUAAUCUAGCUAGCUAAGCAAACACCAUUAUCUAGCUAGCUAAGUAAAACGCCAUUGAAAUCGUGCUGCUUCCAGGAAAACCAGAGGUGAUCUCCAGAGAGAUGGUUAGGCCAUCUACUGCAACCCCAGACUGCCACAGAAUUCACAGCCUUUCCUUCUUCGAUCAGUUGGCUCCUCCAAUUUACGGCCCUCUUCUCUACUUCUACCUCGACCAUGAAAGCCAUCUCAAUAGUGUUGCUGAUAUUGUCGACAAUAAAAUCCGUGCACUCAAAGUAUCCCUCUCGGAAGCACUAUCCACGUACUACCCACUAGCAGGAAGGAUGGGAGAUGAUCCCUUAACAGUUCACUGUAACGACGAAGGGGUUGUCUUCCUGCAAGCACGGAUGAACACGGAGCUGCCUGCAAUAUUAAACCAUCCAGAUGCAGGCCUUCGAGACGAGGCUCGGAAGCUCUUGUUCCCGGAUGAUCUUUGCUACAAAAGCACGAACCUGAGCAGCCCCUUGGUUGUUCAGGUCACUAGCUUUGAGUGUGGAGGGAUGGCACUAGGCAUCUGCGUGUCACAUAAGAUCCUAGACAUGUCCAGCUUCUGUUCCUUCAUCAACUAUUGGGCCGCCACAGCUUCCACUUUGGGACACAACAUCAAGCAGCCUGAUCAUCAUCAUCUGGAAUUCACUUUAGCUACUUUGUAUCCACCUGUUGAACUACCAGUUACAAAGACUGUCGAGCCUCCGAAGGUCAGAAACGUCGUUAACCAGUUUGUCUUUGAUACUUCCAAGGUCGCGAAGCUCAAAGCUAUUGUGGGGAGCAAAGUCGAGAAUCCCACAAUGGUUGAUUUGGUUUUAGCACUGCUUUGUUCUUGUGCUAUAUCAGCAGCGACGGCCUGCUCCUCAUCCAAAGGUGGUGGUGCGUCCCAGCUGAGGUCGGCCCUUUUGAUUCAAGCUGUGAACUUGCGCCGUAGAUUAAUGUCUCCACUCCCACCUGCUCGUUCCACAGUAAAUCUGUCUUCAGUUUUUGCAAUGUCAAUUGCAGAAGGCAUGAAGAAAGACCUGGUUCUGUUGGUCAGUAUGAUCAGGAGAGUGAAAACUGAGUAUUUCAACUCCUGCGCUGCGGAAUCUGUUGGGAACCAGUUUCGCUCUUUCAUCAUAAAGACAACGGAAGAGUUCAGGAAGGCAAGUACUGAAGAGGAUGCAAAGGUGUACCCGUGCUCCAGCUGGUGCGGAUCCCCAUAUAUGAAGCAGAUUUCGGUUGGGGAAAACCAGUGUGGGUUACAGCUGCUGAUUUUGCGCUGACAGAUGCAAUCAUCUUGUUGGAUACAAGAGACGGACUUGGGAUCGAAGCAGUUGUGUCUCUGGAAGAACACGAAAUGGCUGCUCUUGAGCGUGACCAAAAGCUCCUAGCCUUUGCUUGGAUCAACCCGGUUGUUGGUCCAGUAAUGAUCCGGUCCAAAGUGUAGAGUACCAUGCUCAUCUUGCAGACCCUAAGACCAGAAAACUUCACAAUCGAGGUGACUAAACCAUGACACUUAGCUUCAGAUGAAGAUUUAGCCACAACGGCUUGUUCUGGCCUUUCAAGUAACUGGCAAAGAAGAUUGGAGACAACAAAUAACCUGGCUGUCGUCUGGCUGUCUGAGGUGAGCAAGCAAAGCUGAAUUCGUUUGGACUUUUGCAAAUUGGGAAGCAAGAGGAAUGGUGCUGCUUCCAGGAAAACCAGAGGUGUUCUCCACAGAGAUGGUUAGACCAUCUAUUCCAACACCAGACAGCCACAGAAUUCACAGGCUUUCCUUCUUCGACCAGUUUUCUCCACCAUUUUACGUCCCUCUUCUCUACUUCUACCUCAACCAUCACCAUCAACCGAAUCAUGAAGAUACUUCCCUUGCUGAUCUCGUUGACGACAGAACCCGUGUGCUCAAACGAUCCCUCUCGGAAGCACUGUCCACAUACUACCCUCUAGCUGGGAGAAUGGGAGAUGAUGAAGAUGAUCCAUUAACGUUUCACUGUAACGAUGAAGGGGUCGUCUUCCUUCAAGCACGGAUGAACUCGAAGCUGUCUACAGUUUUAAGCCAUCCAGAUGGGGACCAACGCGACGAGGCUCUGAAUCUCUUGUUCCCGGAUGGUUUUUCCGACAAAUUCACCAGCUUGAGCAGUCCCUUGCUGGUUCAGGUUACUAGCUUUGAAUGCGGAGGGAUGGCACUGUCCAUCUGUGCAUCUCACAAGAUCCUCGACAUGGCAAGCUUCUCUGCUUUCGUCAACUACUGGGCUUCCACUGCUUCUUCCACCUCGUCACCCAGCAGCACCAAAAACCACCCGGACUUCAACUUGGCUACUCUCUUCCCACCCGUUGACCUACCACCAGCAACAACCACCAUAAUUGAGCCUCUCCCAAAGGUCAAAAGCAUCUGCAAGCGGUUCGUCUUUGGACCGUCCGACAUAGCCAAGCUCAAGGCUCUUGCGGAGAAGAACAACGUCAAGAAUCCCACCAGGGUCGAACUAGUUCUAGCAUUAAUAUGUUCCUGUGCCAUCUCAGCAUCCAAGGCCUGUCGCUCUGGGAAGUCGACCUAUAAGUUGACUCAAGCUGUGAACUUGCGCCCUAGAUUGUCAACCUUGCCAGUGUCGGGAAGUGAUCUGUUACUGGGGAAUCUGUCUUCUGCUUUUGCAAUGAAGGUUGCAGGAGAAACUGAUGAGACGGACCUGCAUUUGUUCGUCGACAUGAUCAGGAGGGCGAAAACCGAGUAUUUCAGCGCCUGCACUGCGGGAACAGGUGGUGGCUGCGACCAGUUUCGGUGUUUUAUUGAAGAGACGAGGAAAGGGUUGAAGGCCGAGGAGGCGGAGAAGGUGUACGUUAGCUCGAGCUGGUGCAGGUUCCGGCUGUACGAAGCGGAUUUCGGAUGGGGGAAGCCCGUGUGGGUGACAUGUGGCAUUCGGGAGCCGAAGAUCGUGCUGCUGGAUACGAAAGAGGGAGGCGGGAUCGAAGCUUUGGUGUGUUUGGAAGAAGGAGAAAUGGCUGUGUUUCAGCACGACCAGAGGCUACUGGACUUUGUUCGAGUCAGCCCUGCCUGUUGUUAGUGUUGAAACUUGAAACAAUGUGACAGUCGAUGAUCAGAUAAGCUGGAGCUGAGCUAUGGCUGGUUUGUACACAAGAUAAUUGGCACGCGUUUUGCGGCGGUUAAUGAUGAAUGUUUAAUUGAGCUACAAUGAACUGAAUUAGAUUAAAGAAGUUUUUAUUGUAGUUUGAUUUCAAUUUACAAAAUCAGUGCCUUUUUAUUUUGAUUGUAUAAAAUUAUUAAAGAAACAAAUACCA